CACAAACCGAUUAUAUUACCGUCAAACCAUUACACUUGCUAAAUUGUCUUUACGGUAUAAACCGGUUUUUUGAAACCAUGAAACCAAGAGAACGAGGAUAGUCUUGUAAUUUCACAAGUGAAGGAGGCUCGCAUGUCGCAUCGCCAGUCUGCCCUACUUGGUCGAUGGCUCAUUGCUAUGAAAGGGGUUUAAAAGUUUUCACCGUCUAAGCUAAACCCUUAAACCCUUUUCCAGAGAGAUCGAAUCGAACUGUAUCGCUCAAUCAAGUCAUGGCGUUGAGAUCCUCGAUGUCGGCUCUCACGGCCGGUGCCAGCAGCUUACGGAGGAUGCUGUGCACCGCCUCUACCACUUCAUCCAUCUUCUCGACGCUCGCCGCCCCUUCAGCUCGUGAGCAAGCUGAUCCCAACGUCAACCUUUUCGUCUCCGGGCUUAGCAAACGAACCACAACAGAAGGCCUUAAGGAAGCCUUUUCCAAGUUUGGUGAAGUGGUUCAUGCUAAAGUUGUCGGAGAUCGGGUAUCUGGGCAUUCAAAAGGGUUUGGCUUUGUUAGGUAUGCUACCUUGGAGGAUGCUGCCAAAGCUAUAGAGGGCAUGGACGGGAAGUAUCUUGAUGGAUGGGUUAUAUUUGCUGAAUAUGCAAGACCACGAGCACCUCCUUCACCGCCUAAUAGUAGUAGCAUGGGGCCUGGCUAUGGUGGUUUUGGCUCCACAAAUGCGAACAGCGGAAGCUAUGGUCUUGGCAGUAUUGUGAACCCUGGUUACGGGAAUAAUGCUGCAAGCGCUGGGUACGGCAGUAACGUGAACCCUACUGCUUAUGGGAGCAAUCCUAGUUCAGCAUAUGGGAACAACAGUGCAAAUCCAGGUUCUCCAUAUGGAAGUCAGACUACUUAUGGAAACAAUCCAAAUUCAGGCUCUUCAUAUGGGAGUCACACUACUUCUUUUGGGAACAAUGCUACUGCAGGCUCUUCAUACGGAAGUCAGACUACUAACUGGAACAAUGCAAAUCCAGGAUCUUCGUACGGGAACAAUGCAUAUCCAGGCUCUUCAUAUGCGAGUCAGACUACUUCUUACGGGAACAAUGCAAAUCCAGGCUCUUCAUACCAGUCUGGAAGCGCUGCAGGCUCUUCAUACGGGAGUCAGACCACUCCGUACGGGAACAAUGCUUAUGCACAUGGAAACACAAGCUCUGGGUUUGGUGGCCCUGGAUACUCUAACACCACGAGUCCUGGGAACAAUGCAAAUCCAGGCUCUUCAUACCAGUCUGGAAGCGCUGCAGGCUCUUCAUACGGGAGUCAGACCACUCCGUACGGGAACAAUGCUUAUGCACAUGGAAACACAAGCUCUGGGUUUGGCGGCCCUGGAUACUCCAGCACCACGAGUCCUGGGUACGAGAACAACAAAGGCACUGCAUAUUCUGACGCUGCAAAUCCUUCAUAUGGCGAUAGUACCACAGGCUCUGGGUAUGGCAGUGACAUUGGACCUGCUGCACAUGGUACUGCUAGCACAGGCUUCACUAAUCUUCAGUGAAGCAGAAGGCUCAUCAAUGAACGGUAUGAAGUUUGCAGUCGACAAAUUACAUUGUGGAUUUCGUCGACGCUGCUGCUGCUAUUUAUUCUCUAAUUUUGUUGUGUCUACAUACUUAUGAACGCAAUUCUUUCAAAAGCAUGAACUUGCCAAUUUGUGAACAUUUAUCUGAGGGUGGUUUUCUUAUUAUAGUUUGCAACUUAAUCUGCCGUCCUUCUGAAACAACCUUUCGUUGAAACCCACAGGAAAAUGGAAACAAAGAAAAUCCAAGUCGAAUG